AUGAAUCAAUCCUCUCCUGCUAAGGCUGCGAGCCCUGCCUUGCCUGGAUGCCUCGAAGCGAUAACUCCUGUGGAGGAGCACAGCUUCCUUCGGUGCCAGCUGAAUGAUGGAUCCAAGGAGACACCAUGUAGAGGGCCUCCGGUGGGUGCUGACGUCUGCGCGGACGCUGCACCUGGCAGCAGCAGCAGUUGCCCCGUCGUGGGUGGUGCCUCCACUUUCGAGACCAGCAGCAGUUUAGACUUUGAGGAUCUUUCUUGCUUUUCUGCUCCUACAUCAGCCUUGCCAGAGGCCCCUGCGACCCUUCGGACUCUCCCUGGUGGACGACGCAUCGCGCGAAUUUCCGACGAAACGGCGGCUGCGCUAAGCAGCCAGCAAGUUGUUAUCGAUCUUAGGAGCAUUUGCAAGGAGCUCGUGGAAAAUGCUCUGGAUGCCGGUUCGACUUCCAUUGAAGUGCGGCUGAUGGACUGUGGAUUGGGAGGAGUGGAGGUGCGUGACAACGGCAGUGGCAUUUCCCCCGAAGACCUGGAACUCAUUGGGUGCCGCCACGCGACUUCGAAGAUAAGUAGCUUUGAUGAUGUCUACAGCAAGUUGGAUUCGCUCGGUUUUAGGGGCGAGGCGCUGUCCUCCCUCUGCUUCGUCGCCCGUGUGUCAAUUGUGACGCGAUGCCGUUCAGCCGAUUUCGGGACGCGUGUGUUCUUUGACGCCAAGGGCAAACAAGUGGCUCGGGAAGCCGCAGCGCGAGAGGUGGGCACUACCGUGAGCGUGGAAGAUAUCUUUGGACGUAUGCCUCUGAGACGGCGGACGAUGGAGCAGACAAAGCAGCGCCAGCUCCAAGAUGCCCUCGCGCUGCUACAGAGGAUUGCUCUGUUGCAUGCCACUUCGUGCAGAAUCGUUUUCUCGAAUUUCGACCCCAGGACAGGGGGCCGUAGCACCUUCUUGGCGACGAAAGGAACGAGUUCUGGCUUGCUGGAAGCGGCCCUAAGUGUUUACGGUGCGAAGCAGCUGGCGGCUUGCAGUGAAUUGAUGCUUUCAGGGACCGAGCCGGGGCGGGAAUGGAGACUCGCUGUCGUUAUAUCGCGGCCCCCACAUGGCAUUCGCUCGACUGCCUUGCAACACUUUUAUGUAAGGCGAAGACCCGUCGAAUUCCCACCGUUGCUGCAAAAACUGCUCAACAAGAAAUGGAAGGAAGUCAGUAGCCGCGGCCUGUUCCCAGUUUGCCUCGGCUUCUUGGAGCUUGAUGCUUCACUCCUUGACAUUAAUGUCAGGAAGGAUAAACAGCAAGUCCUUCUUGCGGUGGAAAAAGACAUUGCGCAUGCGCUACUGGAAGCUGUUAGCAAAGUUCUCGCGCCCUCGGUGGCAUCCUUCAAGCCGGACGGCCCAAAGAAACAGUGUCAGCUCGAAAUUCAGUGUAGCAGCACGCCCGCGCAGCUGCCUGAAAGCCUGCAUCCGCACCGUGAAGCACAGCCUGUGCUUAUGAUAGAGCAGCAACAACAGCAAGACUUGCAGAAGCCAGUUAACCACCAACAGCAGCCAGCGAACCCCCAGCCGCACGAGGGCGACCAUGCUAAAGAUGGACUGCAAGCACAGGAAGAAAGACACCAGGAACGGCAGAAGCAGCAGACUUGCGAACAGGAACAGAGUGAAGGCCCUCCUGCCAUCACAUGUUCGGAUAAGGGUGCUCCCACGAGUGUUAGUGAGGGGCCUGGAGGUGAAAAAAACGCCUACUCAGCUUCCUCCUUACUUUCCAACGGUGCGCGAUUCCCCGAAGUGAGCCUCGAGGAAGGACGAGAAACACUGACGCGCCAAGAAAUUCCAGCUCAGCGGAAUCAAAGGCUCAAUGCAGCACAUCUUCACAGUGCCCUACCUCUCCACGACGCCACGCAGAUUAGAAGGCCUCUUCUCACAAAACGCCAGCGCGUCACGGUUCACCUUCCGGGAGAAGACUUGCAAGCGUCGGAGCCGCCUCAAAAGAAGUUUGGCCAGCCUCCCGAGGGGCACCAAAGACAUUCAGCUCCCAGCAGUAAAAUCACUGAUUCCGCACAGGAGGACGAAAGAGCUGCAGGUGUAUGUGCCGUGCAUUCAACUGCUUCUGAUUCUUCCGCAGCCUUCGCAUCGCUCCAGGAAGCUUCGGCCGGACCCCACAAUCUAGCAGUGUCCUCCCGUGCAGCAAGUGACGAGGCUGAUUUGGUGUGUGAUGAAAUUCUUGCUGCCGCUGUAGGGGAGCUUUGUAUAGAUCUCGAUGAAAUGUUCGACGUGAGGAGACCUACAACGUAUCCUGCAACUGUAGGCGAAGAGGACGUGGCUGCCGCUCAAAAUGCCGGGCAGUCUUCCGUCGGCCCCGCAUUGCCGUGGCUCGAUACUCCUGAAGACUUUUCUCUCUGUGCGGAGGAUUUCUCGGCUAGAGGCAUGAGUAAGGCCUCCCAAUUCUUUUUAUUCAAGAAAGACUUUUUUACUGACUUGGCGCUCGUCGGGCAGUUCAACGAAGGCUUUAUAAUUGCUGCGCUCCGCGGUAAAAGACCCUCUUGCAGCGUUUCCGGACAGCAAAACGCAGCUGCAUUGGAGGAGGCAGAUGCGCGCCGGAUCGCCAACAACAGCGUCGGCUGUAGCAAGCGGAAUGGCCCCAACGGCGACACAGUGACGAGUCUGUUUAUCAUCGAUCAGCACGCGAGCGACGAGAAAAGAAUCUUCGAAGCCCUAAACGCGGAGUUCCACCCGCGCAUGCAGCCACUGAUUGCCCCGCUAAAGUUGUCUCUGCCGGCCGACCUCUUGGCUGCUGUGGAGGCGUUUGCCCCCCAUCUUUCGAGCAACGGAUUUGCUUGCGUUGUGUGUGGCGCAUGCGGGCCAGAACGCCCUCUUCAAGCCAAUCGGCCUAUCAUCACGCCUGCUGUGUCGCAGCGCCCUUGCGUAGCGGCUUCCGUCGCUGCUCAAAGGGGAUGGGCCGGAGUGAACUCUGCGGGAGUUCGGAAGGCACAACAGCCGAAGCAGCUCAUGGACGCCAGUGGAACCGACUCGGUGCCGAAAGCAAAAGAGGACGAGACACACUGGGAUCCUUUGCACGAAGAGGGCGAUGGCGAUGGCGAUGGGGAGGGGCAGAGGCAUUGCUACCUGACGGGCUUGCCAGUAAUUGAGGGGCGCCAGUUGAGUGCUUCGGAUUUCAUCGAGUUCCUUGGUGCGCUGGCUAGCGAGGAUCAAGGAAAGGCCAUUUGGAAGGGCACGAUGCCUCAGCCCCCCGUGCCUCCCAACGCAGCAGACCAGGAAGGAGCAGGAAGUGCCGCCGGUGCUUCCCCACACCAUCGCGUUUUGCAGUAUCGGCCAUCGCGAGUGUGGGAAAUCCUUGCGAGCAAGGCCUGCCGCAGCGCUAUAAUGAUUGGCGAUCCGCUGGCACCCCACAAACAAGUCACUAUUCUAAGGCGAAUGGCAGGCCUGCAGUUGCCCUUCAACUGCCCGCAUGGGAGGCCAACAAUGCGCCACCUCAUUGAUCUGUGUGUUGCCGACCGGCAACCAGAUAAGCACGUCAGUCAGCAGUCCUCAGAGAAAGACAGACGUCCAUUGCGCUCAGGCGAACUGCAGUCUCACCCCGCAAGCAUUGCUGAGGUCGACAUACACGAAGGUGUGGCUGCAGCUGCUGCUGCUGCACGUGCAAGUGCCGUACGAGAAGACGUGGUGAGUGCCACCCGACGACAGAGUUCUCCUCCAGACACGCUAGAAGGUGGAACGCAAGACCAAAUGCCUCUUUCACGGGGAGACAGCCCCAGCAGCAAGCGCGCUCUGCAUGCUCAGAGAAGCUACGGGAACCCCACUGCCGGCAGCGCCAGCGUAGACAUGGCGACUUCUCCUCCUGAAGACAUGCCGCCACUGUUCUCCGAAGACGAAAGCCAAGAGGACAGCGUGACGACAAGGUCGUGGGCUGAUGACACACUGCGCGGAGAGCUAGGGAGAGUAGCGACAACGGAAGAGGUAUUGGAUGACUCGGGCAGCGGAGUGCCAGGCUUGCGGCUAACUAUUAUUGGGUAG